AUGGGCCAGAGGAACAAUGUCACAGAAUUUGUCCUGCUGGGCCUCACUCAGGAUCCCGAUGUGCAAAAAGCCUUAUUCAUCCUGUUUUCACUCAUUUACAUUGUGACAAUGGUGGGCAACCUGCUCAUCGUGGUGACUGUUAUUGCCAGUCCUUCCUUGGGCUCCCCCAUGUACUUCUUCCUUGCUUACCUGUCACUCAUGGAUGCUGUGUAUUCCACUGCUACUUCACCCAAGAUGAUUGUAGACUUACUAUGCUCUAAAAAAACCAUUUCCUUCCCAGCUUGCAUGGGCCAACUGUUUAUAGAGCACUUAUUUGGGGGUGCUGAGGUGUUCCUUCUGGUGAUGAUGGCCUAUGAUCGCUAUGUGGCCAUCUGUAAGCCACUGCACUAUUUGACCAUCAUGAAUCGACGGGUCUGCAUUCUCCUGGUGGUAAUAGCCUGGGUUGGAGGGUUUGCUCACUCUGUGGUUCAAUUUGUCUUCGUGUACAAUCUUCCUUUCUGUGGUCCCAACAUCAUUGACCACUUCAUCUGUGACAUGUACCCACUGUUGGAACUUGCCUGCACUGACACCUAUCUAAUAGGCCUCACUGUGGUUGCUAAUGGUGGAGCCAUCUGUAUGGUCAUUUUUGUCCUUCUACUCAUCUCCUAUGGAUUCAUCUUAAACUCCCUAAAAUCUCACAGUCAGGAGGGGAGGCGCAGAGCCCUGUCCACCUGCGGCUCCCAUAUCACAGUGGUUGUCCUCUUUUUUGUUCCUUGUAUUUUCAUCUAUGUUCGACCAGUUUCCAACUUUCCCAUUGAUAAAUCCAUAAGUGUAGUUUUUACGAUCAUUACUCCCAUGCUAAAUCCUUUAAUAUACACCUUGAGAAAUUCAGAGAUGAAAAAUGCUAUGAAAAAACUCUGGGGUAGAAAACUAGUUACAAAUGCCAUCAGAAUGCAUCUCCCUUCCUGA